AUUAUUUCCAAUUCAGUGCCGUUUAGCACCAUUUCAAACUUGAUUCUGUCGUAUUUGUUCCCAUCAAUCAACAGAAGUAGUCUUCAUAAGUUUCAUUCAUCAACAAAAUCACGGCGAGGAUGACUGACACGGAGAUAGAGGGUCCGGGGAGACACAGGAACGGGGAUGUGCUCGCAGAAUCGGCGACAAAAAGAGAUGAUGUGUUUGAUGAAACGUACAAAGAGAAAGAAGGUCCUAAACCUUCAAUGAGAAUCGUGUGGAAAAAUAUCAUAUUGAUGACUUUAUUGCACAUUGGAGCCGUGUACGGCAUCUCCCUCGUCCCAUCUGCUCAUGUUUUGACCUGGGCUUGGUCUGUGUUUUGCUUUUUAACAAGUGCUUUAGGAGUGACUGCGGGGGCUCACCGGCUAUGGAGCCACAGGUCCUACAAGGCCUCGUUACCUCUCAGAAUCUUUCUUGCCACUGCCAACUCCAUGGCCUUUCAGAAUGACAUCUUUGAAUGGGCUCGGGACCACAGAGUUCACCACAAGUUUUCAGAGACCGAUGCCGACCCCCACAACGCCGUCCGAGGGUUCUUCUUUGCCCACAUCGGUUGGCUCCUGGUGCGUAAACACCCAGACGUCAUUGAGAAGGGGAAGAAGCUGGAGCUCAGUGACUUGAAGGCUGACAAAGUUGUCAUGUUCCAGAGGAAGUAUUACAAGAUGUCAGUGGUGCUGAUGUGCUUCUCCAUCCCCAUGUUUGUUCCUUGGUGCCUGUGGGGAGAGAGCCUGUGGCUGGGCUACUUCGUGCCAGGCCUGCUGAGAUACACCCUGGUACUGAACGCUACCUGGCUGGUCAACAGUGCUGCCCACAUGUGGGGAAACCGGCCCUACGACACCAACAUCAACCCCAGAGAGAACAAGUUUGUCACCCUUAGUGCCAUAGGUGAAGGAUUCCAUAACUAUCACCACACCUUCCCUUAUGAUUAUGCAUCAAGUGAGUUUGGCUGCAGACUGAACCUGACCACCUGUUUCAUCGACUUGAUGUGUUUCCUCGGCCUGGCAAAGGACUGCAAGAGAGUGUCCCCUGAAAUAGUGCUGUCCCGGGCUCAGCGCACUGGGGACGGAAGCACCCGGAACCGGAGUGGCUAAGAGGUUUCCCCAAUCUCAAAAAAGCUCCAAAACAAAACUAAUGUAAAAAAAAUAUAGAGAGAAAACUGACAAAAGCUUAGUUUGCAGUGUAAUUUUGAGAGAUGCUUCUCUAUCUUGUAGCUACGUCACAGCUUCACUCUUCUCCUUUGUGAGCUAUACAUUUCCUAAAGACUUCUUAAAGAUUCAUGUUAGCUUUUAAAUAGGGACUUUUAAUCACCUGAUGUUUUACUGUUUCAUUUCUUCUUCGCUGCAGCAAAUAGUCUGUUGUGUGAAAUGGUACAAAUCUGUCUGUUGCCAAAGCUGGUAUGCUGCCAUUGGUCAAGCCUCCCUCAGUAGGCUGGAGGAGGUAUUCCUGAGCUGUGAAUGCUUCUUCUGCUGCAAUGGUACGUUGAUGUUGCAUAGGCAAUCAAUCCAGAGUUUCUUAAACCGCAGUCAAGUAUUAAAGGAGAGAUUAGAAAAAUAAGAAAGCUUUUUAAACUUGUUGUUGUGACACCUUGAAAUCUCCAUCUUGAAGUGAAGCUGUCAGUUGUGUCCAUAGCUUUCAUGUAAUGUGGGUCAUGUAACCAAAACAGAUACUUUUCUAUUCUUAAAGUAACUGUCCAGUGAAAAUCUCACUUUUAAAAGGUCAUAUUCUGUUUACUCAUACCCAAAUAAUGUUGCGGACUCGUCCUAUACUUGUAUUUGUGGCCAAAGCAUAAAUUGGAGGAAGAAAAAUCACUUCAAAAAUCCCACUUCAAACUUGUAUCUCAAACAGACGGUUUAAAAAAUGCUUGCUAUUUCCUCAUAUAGUAUGAUGUUCUGGCCAAUCAGCGGCUUACUCACAUUAAUAUUUAUAAUGACCGGUAUAUACGCCCACACCAUUCCAACACAGAAAAGCUGCUUUUUAACAGACUUAAUUAAAACAUUUGUAAGAAACUA